AGUCAAGCCGUCCUCGUAUCCCGCAAUGGACAAUACACUCUUAGACUGCUCCUGAUCAAAUCAAUAGGUUUUGUAGCAGCCUCCGAGCAACGCAUUCCUAUCCUCUCAGGUUCUGCAGUGGCCUCAGAUCUAUGCAUUCUUCAUUUCUGCCCAAAGGCAGCCCCAUCGCCGACAUCAUCUAAAAACGCCUUAACUCUCAAAUACCAAUUUUCACCGCAUUCAGCAGCUCUCUGCUCUCUACAGCAGGCCACUGCAGACUACUGACAGCAUUCCAUCGUUUACCCCUCAGAUCUCUGCCCGUUCAGCAGAUCAUGCCUCUACUGUUAAUAUCUCCUCAUUACAGCAAAUCUCGGCUCCCUCUUCAGAUCUGCUUCUAUUGCAGCAUACAAAAGUGGCUUUAGUUUACUGUUCAAAUCUGCAACUGCUCUCCUCCAGAGCUUCCAACACUCCAGCUUUCCUCCAAUACCUGGAUCUAAUAUAUAUAUAUAUACACGGAGAGCUUGACUUCCUCAGCAAUUUAGUCAUAUGUCCGCUCAUCCUUUCAGAUACUACAAGCUUUAAUAUAUGGUACGAGACUGGAAAUCUGUUUGAUUUAUGAAUUAAGGAGUUCCACUAUUUGGAGAAUGAUUGGAGUUGUGAAACCCAAAUCUCUGAUUUCUGAGUUUACCUUUUCCAUUCCAAACAGACAAGAUGGUAGCAAACCACUGAUCAAUCCCAUAUUAACUAACACAGGAUGGUUGGCAUCUCAGCUCUCUGCCUUAGUUUUAAAAAACAUCUCGGCAGUCGAUUUCAUAUAUUUGUUCAGGUCCAGCUGCCACCUCAGCCCUCAUCAAACUCUGCAACACCAACAUCUGCCGUUCAACUAAAUACAACACUCUCCAACCUUCUGCAAACUGCUCAUCACUACAUGGCCACACUCUUAGUCCCAGCAACCAAAUCUUCAUUUACCUCUGGAUGGAAAACAUUUACAACUUUCUGCACUCAAAAUACAUCCCAUUCUGAUUUAAUGAGCAACGGAUUCUAGCCUCCAUCGCCCAUGCAAGGGAUUCUCUUCACUUAGCCCCCACUACCGUUAAAGCCUACAUCACCGGAAUUUAGUAUUUCUGCCGCCUCAUCUCCGUCCCUUCUUCAACACUUCUAUCCAUCCCAUCAGUUUGCUUGACACUCGGAGAGAUCCUCAAGAGCCCCCCCCCCCUGCUGCUCCCUCCUGGCUCCCUAUAUCAAUAGACAUCCUUCACUCUUUAAUAUCUACCCUCAGAAAAAGCUGCUCUGUCUAUGCAAUGACCUUACCUUGGAAGUACUAUGUCUAACUGCUCUUGUGAAGCACUUCCUCUGCAGGAUUCCUGAAGGAACAGAGUGCACCCUGUGAACUUACCGUGACAACACCUGUGAUUUACCGUUUUAAAAAAAAAAAAAAAAAAAAAAAAAGCAAGAGUACCAAGACAUCAAGGGGAAUACAAUGGAUAGACUCUGACCGUUAAGCCAUUUUCAACCAUGAGGUCUUGUGAACCAUUCCACGCACCCAGAUACUGGACUUUGGCCAGCUGUAGUAAUUUUACUACAGAACACUACACCUUGCAGUUAAAAUAAAAAUAAAUAAAUAAAAAAAAAAAAAAAAACAAAAAAAAAAACAGGACUUCAUCAGGACUUCAAUACAGACAGUUACAUCAAGAUCCAGAAGUUCUGCAACCUGGUCCCAGGAGCAGACCCCAACCCUCGUCUCGUACUACCUUUCAGCAAAACAAUAUUCAACUGAAUAACUCUCUCUCUGGCCUCCUUCAAUCACCACGUGGAUUCAUGGAGAACGCUCUCGCCCCACCUACCGUUCCUCCUACUCGACUGCCUGGUCUUCAUUUACUCACUUUUGCGAGUAAAAAAUAAAUAAAUAAAUAAUUAAAAAAAAAAAAAAAAAAACGGAUCUCAAACCUCUUUCAACCUACAGCACCUCCUCGCCUUCAUCACUCACCUCAGGCUGUCUCUAUGUUUAGCCCCCUCCUCUAUUUAGAUGCUACCUAGCGGGCAUUCAGUAUCAAUUUCGCCUCCAAUCUUUCUCCUCUCGUCCGUUCUAGAGAUAGCGGAUCUCUAGAGAGAACGCUCAGAGGUAUGGAGAAAAGCCUGCUCCCCUCUCCAUCAAGUUAAUCAAUCUCUACUGACCUUCUCCUUUGUCUCAUCACUGCUCUCUGGCAAGGAUGCUUCAACCUAUUCAACGACAUCGUCAUGGAAACCCUGUGCCUGACCGUCGCCUUUGGAUUUCUCCGCUGUGCAGAAUUCUCAACUCCAUCAAUUUCCAACUUCCCAGCUCUAGGCCUCAAGUGCUCAGAUCUCUCUAAAAUCCCCGGAAACCACUUUAUCCUCCUCAUCAGAUCUUCAAAAACGGUCCAAUUAAGCCGAGUUACGAGUCACUGGUUCUCAUCCCGUUCAUGCACCCUCUCGUCACGGAUCGGACUUUCUUCUACUAUUUUUCCCCCCAUUCAUUCUGGAUCGGAGCAGCUGCCUCCGCGGCUAGCGCAGGUAUCAACACUUUGAUUAAGUCUAUGGGGCGCUGGAUCUCUUCAGCUGUGAACUUUUAUAUUAGAUCAUCCUCUGCAGACAUCGCCACAGCUCUCCAAGCACUUGUUAGCUUGCCCGGAGUGGGGGGCGCCCUCUCCGCCAGGCCCACCAGAGGUUUCCUCCCUGCAGGGGGGUUUUUCCUCUCCACAGUGCGGACGGCUUAUAGGCAUAGGUUGUCUACUAACAUCUCUUGUCUUUUCUCUUUUCUUCUAGCUUUUGUUUAUGUGUGCGGCUCUGCGAUCUCUUUUCUAUCCCACGGUGUGGUUCUUGCGGGGAGCCGGGGGUCCUCUUUUGGGGGGAAGUGAGUCUCACUCCCCCGGCUGUCCGGGUCGGCCUCUCGUCUCAACCACUGCCGCCCGGCUGUUCCUCGCCGGCCUGAUGGGACCCCCGGCCACAUCCUAUUCUUCUGCUGCUUAUGCGCUAAGCCUUACAGGCCUCAACCUUGCUGUCCCAUCUCCUCUCUUCUAUUUCAGGUCCAGGACCAUUUCAGCCCCCUCAUGCAGUAGGCCGUGCCUCCACCUGCCGAGCGGGCCCCGACCGAGGGGGGGGGGGGUUUCUCUGUUUUCGUCUCUCCUAAACGGACCCGAGACACUUUUUCCUAAGCUCUCCACGCCGCCCAGCUGCCAGCUUAGCUGCCUGAGGAUGCUGCACUGAGUUGCGAAGGAUCUGUCCUUUUGUCCUGUUCGUCCCCUUCCUGUCUCUUGCUCCACUAAACGCCCAGCAGCCAGAGGAUGCUGCCUGACCCGUCGUCAGUUUGUUGUAUGUUAUAUGUCUAAACUUUGCUCUCUCUCUCACUUUUACGUCACCCAGCAGUCGGAGGAUGCUGCCUGACCUGGCGGAAAGUGUUUAUAUCUAAUCCUUUGCUCUUCUCAUGUCUCCCUCUCUACGUCGCCCAGCAGCCAGAGGAUGCUGCCUGACCCGACGAGAAGGGAAAACUCUUCGUCCCCCCUAUCUCGUCCUACUAUCAGUAUCUAACCUCAAUGUUACUAAGCACCAUUCCCAAACUCCAGCCCUCAAUCUCGCCAUCCUUCAAACUCGUCUCACUCUUAAACUCUCAAAUGUCUCACCCCUCUCAAGCCUCCUAAGCAACCAGAGAAAUCCUCUCAUCUGGUCUCAUUCUUAAUAUCUCACUCCCAAUUUCGCCUCCUCUCAAGCCCUCGUAGGCAACCAGUGAAUAUUUCUUUGAUCACCAAUUGCCAUGACAACACACUGUUUAUGUAUGUAGUACUUAUUUUAAGGUAAUAAAUAAACACAAUUCUCAAGGGAUUUAUUUAUUUUUAAUUCUUAAGAACAUAAGAAAGUUUACAAACAAGAGGAGGCCAUUCAGCCCAUCUUGCUCGUUUGGUUGUUAGUAGCUUAUUGAUCCCAGAAUCUCGACAAGCAGCUUCUUGAAGGAUCCCAGGGUGUCAGCUUCAACAACAUUACUGGGGAGUUGGUUCCAGACCCUCACAAUUCUCUGUGUAAAAAAGUGCCUCCUAUUUUCUGUUCUGAAUGCCCCUUUAUCUAAUCUCCAUUUAUGACCCCUGGUCCUUUUUUCUUUUUUCAAGUCAAAGAAGUCCCCCGGGUUGACAUUGUCUAUACCUUUUAGGAUUUUGAAUGUUUGAAUCAGAUCGCCACGUAGUCUUCUUUGUUCAAGACUGAAUAGAUUCAAUUCUUUUAGCCUGUCUGCAUACGACAUGCCUUUUAAACCCGGGAUAAUUCUGGUUGCUCUUCUUUGCACUCUUUCUAGAGCAGCAAUAUCCUUUUUGUAACGAGGUGACCAGAACUGAACACAAUAUUCUAGGUGAGGUCUUACUAAUGCAUUGUAGAGUUUUAACAUUACUUCCCUUGAUUUAAAUUCAACACUUCUCACUAUAUAUCCAAGCAUCUUGUUAGCCUUUUUUAUAGCUUCCCCACAUUGUCUAGAUGAAGACAUUUCUGAGUCAACAUAAACUCCUAGGUCUUUUUCAUAGUUCCCUUCUUCAAUUUCACUAUCUCCCAUGUGAUAUUUAUAAUGCACAUUUUUAUUGCCCGCAUGCAAUACUUUACACUUUUCUCUAUUAAAUUUCCUUUGCCAUGUGUCUGCCCAAUUUUGAAUGCGGUCUAGAUCAUUUUGAAUGACCUUUGCUGCUUCAACAGUGUCUGCCACUCCUCCUAUUUUUGUGUCGUCUGCAAAUUUAACGAGUUUGCUUACUAUAUCAGAAUCUAAAUCAUUAAUGUAGAUUAGGAAUAGCAGAGGACCUAAUACUGAUCCCUGUGGUACACCACUGGUUACCUCACUCCAUUUUGAGGUUUCUCCUCUAAUCAGUACUUUCUGUUUUCUACAUGUUAACCACUCCCUAAUCCAUGUGCAUGCAUUUCCUUGAAUCCCUACUGCGUUACAUCUCAUUACAUUAUGUAUGUGUGUGGAGAUUAGAUAAAGGGCUAUUUGGAAGAGAAAAUACGAGGCACUUUUUUACACAGAAAAUUGUGAGAGUCUGCAGCCAACUCCCCAGUAACAUUGUUGAAGCGACACUCUGGGAUCCUUCAAGAAACAGAUUCUAAUAAUAAUAAUAAUACUAACAAUCUUUAGUUUUAUAUAGCGCCUUUCAUAGUGGUCCACCAUCACAAAGUGGUGUGUGAGCUAUGCAUCAGCUGCAGAGUCACUUACAACAACGUCUCACCUGAAAGAAGGAGCACAAGGAGGUGAAGUGGUUUGCUCAGGGUCACACAAUGAGUCAGUGGCUGAGCUGGGAUUUGAACCGGGGACCUCCUGGUUACAAGUCUGUUUCUUUAACCACUGGACCACACAGCCUCCUAAAAGGAACAACAAGCUACUAACAACCAAGCUGUUACUAAGCAGAAUCCCGUGUGCUGCCAUGGACAGUGUGGAGAUGGAACCUGUCCAGAUUAAAGAGGAGUUCUCUGAAUCUGAACUUGUCCCCUUUAGAGCGGAGGUUGCUGGGCUGGCUUCCCUCCUCAUUAAACAGGAGCUCUGUGAGAUGCAAUGUGACAGCAGUCAGCCACAGGUCUCUGAGAUUAAAGCUGAGCACAAUGAAUUGGAGAUCUCUCAGACAGAAGAACCCCUUCCUGUGAAACAAGAAGAGGUGCUGGAAAUUAACCAUAUUAAACAGGAGCCCCCUGAAGUAGAGUUUGACCAUGUGGAACCAGGGAAGGAAGAAUCCGAGGACUUCAAACCAAACAUCCCUGAGCUGGAGAGAAUCUGUGUGAGAGAGCAAGGUGCUGGAGAGGAAGGCUCUCCCAACAGCAUGCAAGGAGGUGGAAAGGAAGACGGGCGCUCCCAUUCAGAAUGCAGUCUAGCAGGUUCCAGUCCAGCAGCUAAAGCGAGGGCAGUCGGUGGAGAAUAUCCUGACUGUGGGAAAGGUUUCACGCAGUUAGGGCAUUUAAACAAAACCCAGCAAACUCACACAGACGAGAAACCAUAUCACUGCUCUGACUGUGGGAAGAGUUUCAAUCAUUUUAGAAACCUAAAACAACACCAGCGAAUUCAUACAGGAGAGAAACCGUAUCACUGCUUUGACUGUGGGAAGAGUUUCAGUCAGUCAAACAGCCUUGUUUUACACCAGCGAACUCACACAGGCGAGAAACCGUAUCACUGCUCUGACUGUGGGAAGAUUUUCAGUCGGUCAGACAGCCUUGUUUCACACCAGCGAACUCACACAGGAGAGAAACCGUAUCACUGUUCUGACUGUGGGAAGAGUUUCAGUCGGUCAGACAGCCUUGUUUCACACCAGCGAACUCACACAGGAGAUAAACCGUAUCACUGUUCUGACUGUGGGAAGAGUUUCAGACAGUUAGGAAGCCUAAAAGAACACCAGCGAGUUCACACAGGAGAGAAACCGUAUCACUGUUCUGACUGUGGGAAGAGUUUCAGUCAGUUAGGAAGCCUAAAAGGACACCAACGAACUCACACAGGAAAGAAACCGUAUCACUGUUCUGACUGUGGGAAGAGUUUCAGUCAGUUAGGAAGCCUAAAAGGACACCAGCGAACUCACACAGGAGAGAAACCGUAUCACUGUUUUGACUGUGGGAAGAGUUUCAGUUGGUCAGACAGCCUUGUUCCACACCAGCGAACUCACACAGGAGAGAAACCAUAUCACUGCUCAGACUGUGGGAAGAGUUUCAGUCGGUCAGACCACCUUGUUUCACACCAGCGAACUCACACAGGAGAGAAACCAUAUCACUGCUCGGACUGUGGGAAGAAUUUCAGUCGGUCAGACAGCCUUGUUUCACAUCAGCGAACUCACACAGGAGAGAAACCGUAUCACUGUUUUGACUGUGGGAAGAGUUUCAGACAGUCAAACAGCCUUGUUUCACACCAGCGAACUCACACAGGAGAGAAACCGUAUCACUGUUCUGACUGUGGGAAGAGUUUCAGUCAGUUAGGAAGGCUAAAAGGACACCAGCGAACUCACACAGGAGAGAAACCGUAUCACUGUUUUGACUGUGGGAAGAGUUUCAGUCGGUCAGACAGCCUUGUUUUACACCAGCGAACUCACACAGGAGCUAAACCGUAUCACUGAUCUUGUUGUGGGAAGAGAUUCAGUCAGUUAGGAAGCCUAAAAAAACACCAGCGAGUUCACACAGGAGAGAAACUGUGUUGCUGCUAUUGCUGUGGGAAGAGAUUCAGUCAGUUAGGAAGCCUAAAAAAACACCAGCGAGUUCACACAGGAGAGAAACUGUGUUGCUGCUCUUGCUGUGGGAAGAGAUUCAGUCAUUUAGGAAGCCUAAAAAAACACCAGCGAGUUCACACAGGAGAGAAACCUUAAAGACUGUUUUGUGUAUCACUCUUAACCCUUUGCGGUCCAUUUAUUCAGCAUGUAUGUUUUGUGUAUCACUCUUAAGAGCAUGCAUUUGAAAAUGUAAAAAUGCAAAUCAACUCUCUUGCUCUCUGUCAAAGUGGGCGGUGACGCUGACACGUCACAAGAGGCUUCUCUGCUGUCAGUUUAACUCAGGCUGUCAAUGCAGUCAGUGCCUGGGAGUGGGAAUAUGCAGAAAGGAAACUAUUCCACACCUCAUCUGAUGGACGAGUCAGGAGAAAUCAAUAACUCAGUGUGGAAAUGAGUUUCAGGAUUUAACAUUUAAACUUAAUUAACUUGAAAAUAAAUAAAUUGAUGGGAAUGAGUAUCCAGACCCCUGAUGUAGCAUCCCAGAGACGAGACUGCAGCGUCCUUACUGGGCAACCGCCUGGGGGAUGUGUCUUGUAAAGUCAUCACGAUUCAAAAACGAAUUAAAACUGAUAGUGUUGCAUGACUGUAUUAUGACAUGAAUGAGUGAAUAUUGCGUGACGUGUCUCUUUGCAGCGUGCAUUGUCCAUGCUUGUGUUUGUGUUGCUUUUGUAAAGCGCCUCGAGUAAUAGCAGUGCAGCAGGCAUGUGUACGGAUCUUGGGUACAGAAAGUCAUAGCGGUUUCAUCCCUGGCUCUUUCUUGCUCUUUUGCAGUAUCUUGCACUUGGUGACAAAUUCCCAAUGAAAAUGUAGCUGAGCUAUGACUAUUAAUCAGGGUUCGUACGCUAGUCUGGAGACUGGCAAAAGUAUGGAAAAAUGCAAAACUGAUUUCCAGGGCUUGAAAAUGCUUGAAAAACCACGUCUCCGUUAUGAAAGUCUUGAAAAAGUCUGGAAUUUUACUAGCAUCACGGGAGAAUUAAAAUGAUUCUGCGAUUACUUUUAUUAUUAAUAAUAAUUGAUCUCUAAAGCGGGUCAGCAGCUCUAGCAGUAACUGUCUAGACAGUUUACUAGUAGCAGCUAUGUUGCUUGUUACCAAAUUCCGCGAGGAUUGCCCCGUGUAACACCCCUGACAACGCCCUGACAACUCAAAAGCAAUCCUAUCCAGUCAGCGCGCUGGUAUAUGUCACAUGACUGUCUGCUCCAGUGAAACGAAGGGUAAAAUGGAGUCUGCGACGGCCAAGGCUAUGAUUUUUUAAACAAAGUUACAGACUGGAAUUACAAGCUGCUGUUCUCUGCUCACCGAGAUUCACAUUGUGUUAUCUUGUUGUUACCUUUAUUAAAUCGUUAACGUUAUUUCCCAACCCAGAAAAAAAAAAAAAUCGAAUACGAUAGUUAGGGUGUAUUCAAACUGGGUUAAUUUCAAACAUCCUCAGUUCGGUUCGUUUGCUUUGAAGCAGUGUAUCAAUGUGCUAGCUGUUCACACUUGCCUUGUAUACAAACGUACUGAGUUUGUUUGGAAAUUAACUGGGGCUCGUUUUCGUGGUUCACUUCCAUGUUUUCCCAGGACUCAGUUCACUUGUGUUCAUAUUGAAAUAAUCAGGGCAGCAGUGUGGAGUAGUGGUCAGGGCUCUGGACUUUUGACAGGAGGGUUGUGAGUUCAGUUCCAGGUGGGGGGACACUGCUGCUGUACCCUUGAGCAAGGUACUUUACCUAGAUUGCUCCAGUAAAAACCCAACUGUAUAAAUGGGUAAUUGUAUGUAAAAAUAAUGUGUAAAAAAAAAAUAAUUGUAUGUAAAAAUAAUGUGAUAUCUUGUAACAAUUGUAAGUCGCCCUGGAUAAGAGUGUCUGCUAAGAAAUAAAUAAAUAAAUA